GAUUAAAGUAAUAUGAGAGGGCUUUGUAGGCAGUAAGUAGCUAGAUAUUUCCUCAGUUUAAACUAUUUCAUACCUGAAUCGACUGACGUUUGAUAGAGAUUAAGCCAUCUGAGUACACCGAAAAUGGCUACGGGAGCAAACGCAACUCCUUUAGGGAAGUUGCAUCCCAGUAUUGGCGCUAAACGAGGAUUUGACGCCGGGCCUGGUGCGGGGAACGGGUUGAUGCCUACACCAGGGCCGCCUGCAUCCUUUCCUUCUCUACAAGGUUUCCAGCCCGCGAUGCCAAACGCAUCUUUUCCGUCACACCAGUUCAAUCCAGGGACAAGUUUUUCGACCCAGGUUCAACAACAACCGGUUGCAGGGGGCGGACUGGUCAAACCAGUAGAUUUCGGUGGGAAGAAACAAAGGAAGAAGAGUCGUUGGAGCAGCGAGACGCCUGAUCAGAAAACAGUCAUACCAGGCAUGCCCACUGUCAUUCCCCCCGGACUGACGCGGGAUCAGGAGAGAGCCUAUAUAGUCCAACUGCAGAUUGAAGACCUGACUCGUAAACUGCGUACAGGAGACCUGGGAAUCCCUGUUAACCCUGAGGACAGGUCUCCCUCUCCAGAGCCCAUCUACAACAGCGAGGGCAAGAGGUUAAACACCCGUGAGUAUCGCACACGGAAGAAGAUUGAGGAGGAGCGUCAUUCCCUCAUCACUGAGAUGGUUGGACUCAACCCAGACUUCAAGCCUCCUGCAGAUUAUAAGCCUCCAGCCACCAGAGUCAACGACAAAGUUAUGAUCCCUCAAGAUGAAUACCCUGAAAUCAACUUUGUUGGUCUGCUGAUUGGGCCACGUGGUAAUACACUGAAAAACAUCGAAAAGGAGUGUUGUGCCAAGAUCAUGAUCCGGGGCAAAGGUUCUGUGAAGGAGGGGAAGGUUGGCCGAAAGGAUGGACAGAUGCUGCCAGGAGAAGAUGAGCCUCUGCAUGCGUUGGUCACCGCCAACACGAUGGAGAACGUCAAAAAGGCUGUGGAGCAGAUUCGCAACAUUUUGAAACAAGGCAUUGAGACACCUGAGGAUCAGAAUGACUUACGAAAGAUGCAGCUGAGGGAGCUGGCCAGACUCAAUGGCACACUGAGGGAAGACGACAACAGGAUCCUUCGUCCUUGGCAGAACGCUGAGCCACGCAGCAUCACCAACACCACCCUCUGUACCAAGUGUGGUGGAGCAGGCCACAUCUCCUCUGACUGCAAGUACACCAGCUCAUUCGCUGCCCACAGAGCGACAGGUGGCGAGCCUCCUCAGUCGGCCCAGGACAAGGCUCGAAUGGACAAGGAGUAUCUGUCCCUCAUGGCUGAGCUGGGGGAGGCUCCGGUUCCUUCCUCCGGUGGACACUCCAGCACCCAGGGAGGAGUGCCUCGGGCCUCCGGACCCAACAGCAGCCAGCCACCACCGCAGAACCGGCCUCCGUGGAUGAGCUCUGGUCCAGCUGAGAACAGGAACUUCCACAGCAUGCAUGGAGGGCCCGGUGGCCCAGGAGGACCCCACAACUUCCCUCCCCCCAUGCCCAGCAUUGGAGGCCCCCCUAUGCCCCCCAACCCGAACAGCCUGCCUCCCCCCUGGAUGCAGCCCCCUCCUCCUCCCAUGGGUCAGGGUCCUGGACCUCAUGGACACCCCAUGGGUUUGCUGCCACCUCCAAUGGGCAUGAUGCCGCCUCCCCCUCCUCCCCCGAGCAACCAGCCGCCUCCUCCCCCUUCUGGACCUCUGCCUCCGUGGCAACAGCAGGCUCCACCUCCCCCUCCAACCAGUAGCAUGGCAACCAGUACACCGCUGCCAUGGCAACAGAAUACCACCACCACGUCCAGCCCUGGCACCGGCACCCUGCCUCCAUGGCAGCAGCCCCAGCAGCCCGCAGCCUCUGGAGCCCAGCCCCCACCACCCAUGGGUACCCCAUCCAUGGUGCCGCCUCCUCCCGGUGUCCAGCCCCCCUUACCCCCAGGCGCCCCUCCUCCACCCCCUCCACCACCUCCAGGCUCAACCGGCAUGAUGUAUGCCCCACCGCCGCCCCCGCCACCCAUGGACCCUUCCAACUUUGUGACCAUGAUGGGAAUGGGAGUACCGGGCAUGCCCCCCUUCGGCAUGCCUCCUGCGCCCCCACCUCCUCCACCGCAGAAUUAACCCUGCCACAGACGAAUCGUCCUCCCACAAAAGUUUCCACCCUGCAGCACAUUGUGGAUGUGUGCUCACAGAAAAAAUAUAACCAGUGCUUUAUUUUUUAUUGAUCCUUGAUUUUGUGAAGACAUCUCUGAAACAAUGAAAGGCUGUGUCAGUUCAAUUUGUAAAAUUGCGUAACUUAGUUAUUUUUCCUGUUUUUAAAGUUUGUGUUAACACAAAGCUCCUUGUGUGCAUACAAACACUGUUGCUUUCGGGCACAUGUUCUGCAUUGCUACUGUAGUUUGUCACGUUACUUGUAUACCAAAUAAACUGCUCAAAUAGCCCGUUGGACAUUUAAUUUGUGCUUCAACAGUAUCAUAGCUUCAAAGGGUCAAUUCAAACUUAACACUCGGAUAUUAUUGGAUUUAAUAUAUUCAAGUUCAACUUGCAUGAUCCUUUGUAAACAUUUCACUCACAAAUUGAUACUCCUGUCAUGUUCCCUAUGUUGGCUUAGAGUUUAAUAAGAUUAAUAUUUUUGUAAUAACAAGAUGUGAAGUGUUUCUUAGUUCUGUCAGAAAACCUUUUUGUAGUAUUGUCUCAGAUUGAUUUCCAGGGUUUUAAUUUCUUUUCUUACUUGCCUGCAUCUCAGUUGUGACAUUGAGUUUGAAGAGGGGGGGGUCGAUGCUGUGAUCAGCUAGCUUCUGACCCCUUGCACUACUUGGCUGCUGAGAAUCUGAUGUCUCGUUGUUUUCCUGCAUCUCUCUGCUCUGAUGCUGUGUGCAGUAUUUGUGUUGCUUUUGCAAGGCUGAAUACAUCUAUUUUGUCUUGAGUUAUUAGAAGAGAAAAAUGUUAGUUUUACUGAUUCUGGAAUCAGUCUGUUGUGUUAUGGCACUAGGCUGAAUGAAUAGCUGUUCAAAUCUUGCUUGGUUUAGCAUUAAACUGAUCCAUUUCACCUUUUUGUCGUUGAGUACAAAC